GGGUGAAUCUCGCAAUUGCCCUCGACAAACUUGUUUCAGGUUCGCCCAUACAGAGACGACGUCGUAUUACCUCGUGUUGGACUUGUUCACAUAUUAAUCUGUGAAUUUUAUGGUUGUUUGGGGUUUAGGGUUUUUGAAUCAGAGACAUGGACGGUGGAGGAGGAACAGUGAAUGUAAAGAGGUGGACAGUGUUCCACCCAGUUUACAUAAACUCGAAGAAAACAGUGGCGCAAGGGAGGCGGAUAGGCCUCGGCAACGCAUGCGAAAAUCCCACUUGCGCCGAGGUCGCCGAUUGCUGCGCCCAUCUCAAGCUCCCUUCUGCUAUUGAGAUAGAUAAGGCUUAUUCGCGCGACUUCAUGCAAAUGGGGAGAGUGAGGGUAUUGUUGAAAAGGGAGGAUGGGACUCUGUGCAACCCAGCCAUUUCUUCCAGAAAACAGCUGAUGCUCCGUGUUGCUGAGUUGGUACCUCGGCAUCCUGGGAGGGCUAAGAAGCAGGAGCCUGCAUCCACAUCAAUUGCUGGACCUUCCAAAUCCAAAAAGGGUGGAAGAAAGAACAGAUAGAUCCGAUAAUGUUUUCAAUUCCCACUAACAUCACCAGAAGAAAAGAAAAAUUCAAUAUUUUAACUAAUAAGAAUUUGGGUUAAAUACCAUUUUAGAACAUGUGGUUUGCAGGUUUAUCAAAACAUGGUUUUCAAAACUGUCAAAUUAUGCUACUUGAGUUUUACAAAUUUUUUGUUUUCA